AUGAGUUCCCUUCCUCCGGACAAAACUCUUUUCGGAAGCCACUCCCAGCGACUUGUGGCUGUGGCUCAAUUCUGCAGUUUAGUUUCCGCGGGUGUUGCGGGUUCGAAACAUUACACGUUGGUAGCGCGUUCUGCAUGUGCUUUAGCGAAGGUACUUGCCAACUACCUCUGCUUGUCGCGUUUAAAGGGUUCAUACUUGUUGCUACGUGAAGUGUCGCCAUCUUCUGUCCGCAGAAGACUCCACUCAUCGCCAAGUUGGUUUACCGGAGUUAUGCGUGUUUUAACCAUGUUGGCGAUGCUGUUGUUUCGCAUCACUGAUAAAAUUGCGUUACUCGCAAAUGAGGGCGUUUUGUCGAACAACAUUUGUUUCUACACUUCCCGGUUGAUUCCUUCACUACUUUUUUACUGCAACCUUAUGCAAACAAUGACCAGUGCGGCCCUUCUGAAGGCGGUUCGUCCCAUUUCUUUUGAAGCUACGGAUACACGCAAUGUUUUCCGAAAACGUUAUUAUCUUCAGGGAGUGCUGAGUUUUCUUGAAGGUGUUGGAUUGAUGACAUAUGCCAUGACUCUUUUUCCUCGUGGCGUCCCUCCAUUAGCGAUGACACUUCACGAAAAACAUCUUUUGACCCACUGGCUCGCGGUCGCGGCGUCAAGUUUCCCUCCAGCCCUUUCGGUCAGUACAACAACUCAAGGUUUAAUUGGCCUUGCAGCGACUUUACCGUCCUUUUUUAUGUCACCAUGA